AUGUCUGUUCUCGUAUCGCCUUCAACAUCUCGGGGACAAGUAAUUCUUCAGCCCUCGUACUUCACUUCGUCGCUCUAUGUACAUGCAGUUCGCGAUGAUAUAGCCACUCUUAGCCAUCUAUUUGCAGACCAAUAUGUGAGGAUACAACCUAUGCGACCUUUCGGACUGUUCAAGGACAUUUGGAACAGACAAGGAUGGACCUGGCUGCAUUUCAAGGUAUUUGACGCACGGUCUCACGAAUCUUUUCUGUCAAUCACAAUGAGGCUAUUUUCUGAACGCUUGAUAGAAACUGAAGCAUCGAUGAGCAGAGUUGUAGCUCUGUUUGGUCUGUACACAUUUUUCUCUACUCAACCAUCCUCUUUGCCCUCUUUGCAAUCAAUGGCUCAUCUCCCUAUCUCAACCGAUCUUUACGAGUCUCUUUUAACGUUACCCGACGUCCUCGACACACAGCAUCUGCUACCACUUCAACCACAUGUGAUCUGUGUGCUUUCAUUACUUGUGAAGUCCGAUCUUUUCUAUAUUCUUCCGACAUCCGUAUGCUUCCCACUUAAACAUAGAGCAUUGCCGCGAGAGAUAUUUUUACAAGAUGGCAACGAAUGUAUUCCAGGCGCUGAUCCUUUUAUACGACGGCUUGGUCAACAUUCGGCAUUAGAUGGAGGGCCCAAAAAAAGAGGGCGGCCAACGAGACGCGAGAAGCUCAAGAAGGCGAAAGAUGCUGUAACAACUUUAGAUAAAUGGUUAGACAGGAGCAGCUAUACAUAUCAGCCUCCUCAUCUGCCUGAUUCAGAAAUAUCAAAGCCAGUGAUGACACAUAUUUUGUUAUCACAUCCCCCGACGACGACGCGCAACCACUAUCGCACGCAGAAAUCACAGUUGCUGGAUUCGCUCGACUCUCAUGGAUUAACAGAGCAAACGUUGGGACAGAUAGCCUUGGAGCGGGCAAAUACUGCUGUGCUUUUACGGUUGCGAAAGAUUGAUGAACAAGCGGCUGAAAUGGGGAUGGAGGUUGGAGGGGAAGGGGGAGAGAGGACUGGCUUGGCGAGGGUAGAAAGGGUGGUAGGAGAACUGCAAAAAAGCAAUAUGGUGGACCGACGAGGUGGGAUACUAGGACUUCUGGAAGGCAGUGGCAUUGAACAGAGCACAGUCAAGGUACAGUGUGGGACCGGCAUUUGA